AUGAGGAUUUUCAUUACUCUUUCGCUGGCAGCCCUGCUCAGGGCAGAGCGCGAGAAGCAAAUGUCAACGGAGGACGAUGAGACAGCUUACAAGCGUUUCCGUGAAACGCACAACCGCAGCACCAUGGGUGAUAUGCUGAGCUACGAGCAGCGCCUGUCCAACUUCCGUCGAUUCCGCGCCGCGGUGGAGCGGCACAACUCCCGGGCAGAUGUGAGCUGGACGGCGGUCAUCAACAAGUUUGCAGACUAUACGGAGCAAGAGUAUCGAGCCCUGCUGGGUCAGAAGCGAACCUGGCGCGGAGAAGCUAAAGUAGGAAGCUCGUUCCUGCAAACUGGACCCAAUCGGCUGGCGGCGCGGACGGUCGAUUGGGGCCAGUCGCUGGGUUCGGUGGCGAAGGUGAAGGAGCAAGGUGCCUGCGGAUCCUGUUGGGCAGUAGCAGCCAUUGGAGCCCUUGAGAUGCAUGCGGAGCUCAGCCUGAAAAAGGAGAUCGGAGCCUUGUCCUCAAAUCAGGUGAAAGAUUGCUCAAAGAAUCCCAGGCACUGUGGUGGGACCGGUGGAUGCGAGGGUUCUACCUCUGAGCUCGCAUACGCUUUUAUGCAGGAGAACGGCAUUGCCUUGGACGCCACUUACGUUGGAGACAAAGACCGCGACCAGCACUGCAGAGAGGUCCAACCAUACCUAAGAGUUGGAGGCUUUCAGCCACUGCCUGUCAACAAGCUGAUGCCCCUUAUGGACGCAGUGUCAACAAAGGGCCCAGUUGUUGUCUCCAUUGAUGCUGGGGGCUGGAACUACUACGGCGGUGGCAUUUACGACAGUUGCGAGAGGGAUGCUGUUGUGAAUCACGCCGUGGUGCUGAUCGGUUAUGGCCAUGACAGCGAGCAGAACAAGGACUAUUGGCUCAUUCGCAACUCCUGGGGGGAGUCCUGGGGAGAGAAGGGCUUUAUCCGACUGCUUCGCCACAACGUGGACACGGGCGAUGCUGGAUACUGUGGCAUAGACCGCAAGCCCAAGGUGACUAGCCUGGCAAGCGACUUCAUGAUGGAGACCGUCCUUGCGCAAAUCAAGCUCAGCAUCUCCGGGCAGUGUGACCUUCAUAACGUGGCUACUGUGGAGAAACAGGCCUUGGCGACCGGAAACACCUCAACACCUCCCAUCGCAGAGGUGGUUUUCGAUGCCUUGGCCGAGUUUGCCGUUGAAGAGCUGAAGGCUAUGCCUGGGUAUGAUGAGCUGUCCUCGGCUGCGAAGGUGGAGGCGGGCAUUGAAGGCGGGCGCAGAAUGGGCGGAGCCAUUUGGAGCCAGGUGCAGAUCACUUGCUCCCUCACUGAGCCGCCUGAAUGCCGGGAGAUGAUUUUCGCGAAGACGGCGGCGGUUACCACGUCCACUAGUCUGCCAACGAAUGCAAGCAGCAGCAAUGAAACGACCUCCACCAGCACCAGCGGCUUCAUAUCAAACACUACCUCUUUUCCCCUUAUUAUUGAUGACUUCAACGCAAGCACCGACGCGCCGCUGGAGUCAAACAACUCGAAUGCGUCAGCCAACGUGACGUCUACGACCCCGAGCUUCGCAAAUUUGACCUCAACCACUGGCAACAUUCUGCCAGAAAGCUCACAGACCUCCACAGCUGAAAUGUUGAACGAGACAAGCAUGAGAACCACCUUCACCUUCACAACGACAUUCACCCCCACGACAUCAGUGACCGAGUCUGUCAGUUCCAGCUUCAGUGGCACCUCGUUGGCGACUCUUGUCGUCAUUGAGGGCAAGCUGUCCUUCCCAGCCGAGGGUGUGAACCAGUCUAGCGCCGAAAUGGCCGUGGUUUCAAUGCUGUCAGCCUUCCUAGGCCUCAGCUCCGAUCGGAUCACUGCCAGCGCGAUGAUUUUUAGUUCGCCGGGGAGACGCUUGAGCGGUUUUUGGAGGACGGCUUUUCAAGUUCGUGUUCCUGCUGAGGAGGAGGAAGCAACCCGGGAAAAAUUGCUGGGGCUGAAAAACUCCGAAGAGUUCGCGGGGAGCCUGCGGCAAGCCUUGGUGGCUCUUGGCAGCGAGCCAGCAGAAGCCUUCAACGUAGCUUUGGAUCUUCCCUCCACAGAGGCACCAGAAUCGCCCAGUGACAACACAAUUAUCAUUGUUAUUGCAGCAGCGGCUGUACUACUGCUUAUGGUGGGUGCCAUCAUAGCCAAGGCUUGUAGUAAUUCAAAACGAGAUUCUGAUGGCCUGCUUCCGCAGAACAAGGAUAGCAACCAGUCGCUAAUGAAUGCUAAUGAAGAGGGUGUUUCUUCAACGUCGGCACGCGACCUGGAGAUAAGCUCCCUCGGCGUUGCUGGAGGCGCUGACAGCCUGAACCUCUUGGGCGCGGGUUCCUUCGAUGAGCGAGAACUCACGGAGCCGCCUUUACCGGCGCCUUCGAGUCCGCCCACCCAGAGCCAGGACACAGAGGUGCCAGCGCAAAGGGCAGCAGUGGAGCUGACGGAUGUUGAGCCGGAAGUUCUCCUGCGCCCAAGGCAGCGGAAGGAGGCAGCACCCACAGAGUGGGUUUUGGCUGAUCUCCAUUUAUCCCAGCAAGUGUGCCAGUCACUGAGCCCCAGCUACUGGACGGGCAGCUGGCACUGGACGGAAGCCCCGGAACUUCAGUGGAAGGUGCCUGUAUCAGCCAGCAAGGAGUAUAGCUUGAACUUCCAGAAGGGGGGCAAGAUAGUCGGCCACUGCUCUGACUCCGGAACCCAGUACAAAAUCACCUUCGGCACUCACAGAGAAGAUGGUGAGCUGAAAUGGCGUGAAGUGCCACAAGUCGCGUCAGCCAUGGCUUUUGAGUGCAAAGGACACUUGCGAGUUCGGCAGCCACGGGGAAACACAGGAGUCACCGGCACCUGCUACGAGGUCGUCGGCCUUUUCACCGCUGUUUCCACCUCCAUGUCUGCCAGAUACCUUGGAAGUGGGCGAUUCGCGAUUGUUGCGCGCACUGGCAUUGAGCCGACCUCUUAUGGCAACCCCGGCUACUACGCCGCCGAUUCUGUCUGA